UUCGAGACUCCUUCAAAGGAUUGUUUUGAAAAUCCGCAAUCUUGCAUUUCACUCCUUCACGAGAAAAUCAAAAUAACAAUUAAUCCGCAGAAGAGAUCCAUGAAGCCAAGGAGGGAGCCGCCGGUGCCCUAAUUCCCUCCAGGAGAAGACGAGAAGCCACGGGAAAGCUGGGGUGAAAGAAAGUAGAAAGAUGGCAGAUCCCGGUGGCAGCGGAUUCGACGAUAAAUUGGCCUAUUUCCAAGCAAUCACAGGCCUUGAAGACACCGAGCUCUGUACCGAAAUACUGUCUGCACACAAUUGGGACCUUGAGCUCGCUAUCUCCUCUUUCACCUCUACAGCCGAUUCACCAUCUCGCCCUUCCGCGCCAUCGUCCUCUUUAGCCCCCGCGGAAGGUGCCCAAGCCGUUGUCGCAUCACCGUUAACUGAUCUGGCACCGCAGGCCUCACCCGGCCUCACCUGGAGGCUAAUCACUCUCCCCUUCUACGUUGUCUCCGGUGGCAUCGGUCUUAUAUCUGGGGCCGUGGGUCUUGGCGCUUGGGUUGCCGGCAGCGUCCUUUCUCGUUCCCUUGGUCUCUUAGGCUUCCUUCCGGCCCGCGAGCAGCACGAGUCUGACCGUCUAAUCCCUGUAUCGGCCUCUGCUGCCGAGGCUGCGGACUUUGUUGCCGCCUUCGAGAGGAACUUUGGCGCCGCCUCAGCCUCCCGGCCAAAUUUUGUGGCGGAGGGGUUCAUGGACACGCUCCAGAGAUCGCAGCGGGAGUUCAAGCUGCUGUUCGUGUAUAUUCACUCUCCAGACCACCCUGACGUGCCGGUAUUCUGCGCAGAAUGCCUUUGUUCAGGGUUGGUGGCGCCGUUCGUGAACGAGAACUUUGUUUGUUGGGGAGGAAGCAUCCGCGGGAGCGAAGGGUUUAAGAUGAGCAACAGCCUUAAGGCGUCGCGUUUCCCUUUCUGUGCGGUCGUAAUGGCCUCCACCAACCAGCGGAUUGCGCUUCUUGAGCAGGUCGAAGGGCUGAAAACUCCAGAAGAAAUGUUAGCUAUCCUUCAGCGUGUUUUGGAAGAGAGUACUACACCUCUUGUUACGGCUAGGCUUGAGGCAGAGGAGCGGAGGAACAAUCUACGACUAAGGGAGGAGCAGGAUGCUGCAUAUAGAGCAGCACUUGAAGCUGAUCAGGCUAGAGAGCUUCAAAGAAAAGAAGAGCAGGAGAGGCUUGAAAGAGAAGCUAUGGAAGCUGAAAGGAGGAAUAAGGAAGAGGAAGAGACACGAGAUAGGGCUAUUCGUGAGGCUGUUGAAAGAGAAGCUGCAAUCACUAGAAGACGUCAAGAAAAGGCCAUGUCACUAGGUGCUGAGCCCGCGAAGGGUCCGGACGUCACUCGAGUGUUGGUGCGAUUUCCUACGGGUGAGCGCAAGGAAAGGAGGUUCGACAGCACUGCAACCGUCCAGGCCCUCUACGACUACGUUGACUCUCUGGAUUGCUUGAAUGCUGAGAAGUAUAAUCUUGUCUCCAACUUUCCAAGAGUCUCUUAUGGCCCUGAAAAAUUUUCCUUAACUCUAAAGGAAGCAGGUUUACAUCCUCAGGCAAGUCUUUUUGUUGAGAUCGAAUCAUAGAAUUUAAAUAUUUUAAUAUCAUGCUAAAAAAGAUAUAUUUUAGAAUAUCUAUACUCAAGUCAUAUUUGUAUAUUUUUCUAGACUGUAAUUGAGCUAAUUUGUCCUGCAACUUCUGAACUUGAAUCCUCCUCUGGAUGAAUCAUAUUUUUUUACCCCCUCGUGAUUGUUUUAAUUUCAAGUUAAUUUGUUUAAUUUAUGUUGAGACAGAAUGAUUUUAAGAUCUAA